UGGGAAGCGACCGUUGGGAUGCCCCUCCCCGCCCCGGCCUCACCCCCACCCUGGGGGUACCUUGAACAUAACAGGAAAUUUCAAACAACAGGAAACCAAGACCGGGCAAGGCGAGCGGCUCCACCCUGCCUGGGGCGAACCACCCCGGGGCCUCAGUCCGCCCCGGGGGACCGCGAUGAACGCCACGGGGGCCCCGAGCGAGGCCCCCGAGUCCUGCCAGCUGCUGGCGGCCGGCGGGCACCCCCGGCUCAUCGCUCUGCACUACAACCACUCGGGCCGGCUGGCGGGGCGGGGCGGGCCCGAGGAGGUGGGCCUGGGGGUGCUGCGCGGGCUCUUCGUGGCCGUGAGCUGCCUGGUGGUGCUGGAGAACCUGCUGGUGCUGGUGGCCAUCGCCAGCCGCAUGCGCUCCCGCCGCUGGGUCUACUACUGCCUGGUGAACAUCACGCUGAGCGACCUGCUCACCGGCGCCGCGUACCUGGCCAACGUGCUGCUGUCGGGGGCGCACACCUUCCGCCUGGCGCCCUCCCAGUGGUUCCUACGCGAGGGCCUGCUCUUCAUGGCGCUGGCCGCCUCCACCUUCAGCCUGCUCUUCACGGCCGGCGAGCGCUUCGCCACCAUGGUGCGGCCGGUGGCCGAGAGCGGGGCCACCAAGCGGGGCCGCGUGUGCAGCUUCAUCGGCCUCUGCUGGCUGCUGGCGGCCCUGCUGGGCCUGCUGCCGCUGCUCGGCUGGAACUGCGUGUGCGCCUUCCAGCGCUGCUCCAGCCUGCUCCCGCUCUACUCCAAGGGCUACAUCCUCUUCUGCGUGGUGGUCUUCGCCUGCAUCCUGGCCACCAUCAUGGUGCUCUACGGGGCCAUCUUCCGAGUGGUGCGCGCCAACGGGCAGAAGGCGCCGUGCACGCCGGCGCGCCGCAAGGCCCGGAGGCUGCUCAAGACGGUUCUCAUGAUCCUCGUGGCCUUCGUGGUGUGCUGGGGCCCGCUCUUCGGCCUGCUGCUGGCCGACAUCUUUGGCUCCAACAUCUGGGCGCAGGAGUACCUGCGGGGCAUGGACUGGAUCCUCGCCUUGGCCGUGCUCAACUCCGCCGUCAACCCGAUCAUCUACUCCUUCCGCAGCCGGGAGGUGUGCCGGGCCGUGCUGGGCUUCCUCUGCUACGGGUGUCUCCGGCUGGGACUGCGCGGGCCUGGGGACUGCCUGGCCCGGGCCGUGGAGGCCCACUCUGUCACCUCCACCACCGACAGCUCGCUGAGGCCGAGGGACAGCUUUCGGGGCUCCCGCUCGCACAGCUUCCGGAUGCGGGAGCCCCUGUCCAGUAUCUCCAGCGUGCGGAGCGUCUGAGCCCACGGUUGGGGCGGU